AUGGGCUCAAUGAACACAAACAACUGGCUUUCGUUUCCACUUUCUCCAACUCAUUCUUCCUUACCAGCUCAUAUCCAAGAAACUCAAUCUCAUCAGUUUUCUCUUGGGACAUUAGUCAAUGAGAACAUGGAAAGCUCUUUUCAAAAUCACGAUUGGAAUCUGAUUAAUACUCACAGCAGCAACGAAGUUCCGAAGGUAGCAGAUUUUCUUGGUGUGAGCAAGUCUGAAAAUCAGUCAGAUCUAGCAGCCUUUAAUGAGAUUCAGUCAAAUGAUUCAGAUCAUUACAUGUUCACGACCAACAGUCUUGUGCCGAUGCAAAACUCGGUGGUACCCACUUCAAGCAAUUAUGAGUAUCAAGAAAAUGCUAACAAUAAUCUGCAGUCAUUGACAUUGUCCAUGGGAAGUGGUAAGGGUUCAACAUGCGAAACCACCAGCGGUGAUAAUAGUACAAACAGUACUACUGUUGAAGCUGCACCUAGAAGAGCAUUGGAUACCUUUGGGCAGAGAACAUCAAUAUAUCGCGGUGUGACUAGACAUAGAUGGACUGGAAGGUAUGAAGCACACCUUUGGGAUAAUAGCUGUCGAAGGGAAGGACAAUCAAGAAAAGGUCGCCAAGUCUAUUUGGGUGGGUAUGACAAGGAAGAGAAAGCAGCGAGAUCUUAUGAUUUAGCUGCACUGAAGUAUUGGGGUACAUCCACCACUACCAACUUUCCCAUCAGUAACUAUGAGAAGGAACUGGAAGAAAUGAAGCACAUGACAAGGCAAGAAUUUGUGGCCUCCAUAAGAAGGAAGAGCAGUGGAUUCUCGAGGGGUGCAUCAAUGUAUCGCGGAGUCACAAGGCAUCAUCAACACGGAAGAUGGCAAGCGAGGAUAGGAAGAGUAGCGGGAAACAAAGAUCUUUACUUGGGAACUUUCAGUACCGAGGAAGAGGCAGCGGAAGCAUACGACAUAGCAGCGAUAAAGUUCAGAGGUCUGAACGCAGUUACUAACUUUGACAUGAAUCGUUACGAUGUGAAAGCCAUUCUUGAAAGCAACACUCUCCCAAUAGGAGGAGGAGCUGCUAAGAGACUAAAAGAGGCUCAAGCUUUGGAAUCUUCGAGAAAAAGGGAAGAGAUGUUAGCACUUGGGAACAGCUUUCAAUAUGGAAGCUCAAGCUCAAACUCAAGCUCAAGCAGGCUACAAGGUUAUCCUCUAAUGCAAAUGCAGCAUCAGUUUGAUCAACCUCAACCUUUGCUAACACUACAAAACCAAGACAUAUCUCAGUACAGUCAAGACCCUACGUCGUCGUUUCAUCAGAGUUAUAUCCAAACCCAGCUUCAGUUGCAGCAGCAAAGUGGCUCAUAUAUUCACCACCAAUCAGCGCCUCAGAAUAUCAAUGGUCAGUUCUACAAUAGCUACCUUCAGAACCACCCGGCUUUGCUUCAGGGGUUGAUGAACAUUGGCUCUUCUUCUUCUUCUUCUUCUUCUUCUUCAACUGUGAUGGAGAAUAAUAGUGGAGGCUUUAUGUUCAUGGGGAAUAAUAAUGGCCUUGGCAUGGCUUCGAAUUCUUCUUCGAGUAACGCAGUGGGAUCAUCGGAAGAGAUUGCGCUUGUUAAGGUUGAUUACGACAUGCCUUCCGGUGGUUAUGGCGGCUGGUCGGCGGCGGAGGACACCAUGCAGGCUUCAAAUGCUGGUGUUGGUCUUUUUACAAUGUGGAAUGAUUGA